AUGGAAACCCACAAAUCCCUCUCUAGCACAACCAAGGCCAUAGCCUACCUUUUGUUCCUCACCCUCACCAUUUUAUCUGCUAACUCAACUCAAAGCCUCGACGAAUUGCCACCAGAAUCAACCAAUGCAAUUGUCCCACCAGUCACCAAUGUAGCCCCAGUGACUACACCUAAUUCAGCUGCAACCACUACCACUGGUGCCAAUGCUGAUUCCUCCCAUACCUUAAUAUUUUUCUUGCAUGACAUACUAGGUGGGACAAAGCCCUCAGCCCAAGCCAUGACAGGAAUAGUUAAUAGCCCGGCUCUCAAUGGUCAACUCCCAUUUGCAAAGCCCAAUGGGGCAGUCCUCCCAGUCAGCAAUAAUGGACCUCAAAAUAACGAUAACAACAACUUUCCAUUCCUUACUGGCCUUGGUGGCGCUACUUCGCCUGUGUUACAAAACAAUGGUGCAAAUGUUCCAGUAGUUAAUGGGGGUCAACUCCCAUCAGGCUCUGACAUGCUAAAGCUCAUGUUUGGCACUAUGACAGUAUUUGAUGAUGAGCUAACUGAGGGGAAUGAGCUCAGGUCAGGAUUGCUUGGAAAGGCACAAGGGUUCUAUGUGGUGAGCUCAGAGGAUGGCACUAGUCAGACCAUGGCUUUUACUGCUAUGUUUGAGAGUGGGCAUUAUGCUGAUAGUCUUAGCUUCUUUGGGGUACAUAGGACUGGUGUGUCAGAGUCUCAAUUAGCUAUCAUGGGUGGGACUGGAAAGUAUGUUAAUGCAAAGGGAUUUGCCACAGUUAAGACCUACACGGAUCAGGCCAAUCAGCAGCAUGAAACUGAUGGGGUGGAGACGAAGUUGGAGUUCACCGUUUAUAUUUCUUACUAA